AGAGAAAGAGACGCUGUAUUUUGUGAAGAGUCGGGUGACGUCACAGGGUGACGAUUUAUUUAUAAAACUGUCGACGAAGUUGCGCACGGAUUCGUACUUUGAGCUUGCUCAUGCACUCUGCACGGAAUUUCCGACGACCUGUUUCAAUCGUCUUACCGUCACAUUUAUCUUCACGAGAAGCACGUAUCUUCACGCAGGAAUAGAAUAAGUCAUAAACAUGAGUCUACAGUGGACACUCAUUGCGGGUUUCCUCUAUAUCGAGGUCACGAUUGUUCUUCUUUUGGUGUUGCCAGUGGCUUCGCCGACCAGAUGGCAAAAGCUCUUCAAAUCUCGCUUCUUACAAAGUAUAAAUAAUCAGGCUUCCGUUUAUUUCAUAAUUCUGUUGGGAGUCCUGGUGCUUUUUUUGCUGGAUGCCAUACGAGAGAUGCGAAAAUAUUCAGGAAGUCUGAAUCAAACAGAUCAUCAUCAUCAUCAUGAGUUGAAUGUUGAAAUGCAAGAAAACAUGCGAUUAUUCCGCGCACAGAGGAAUUUCUAUAUAUCUGGCUUUGCAUUGUUUCUGAGUUUGGUGAUACGCCGUCUUGUCAUUUUAAUAUCUACCCAAGCUACCUUGCUUGCACAAAACGAAGCAGCCAUGCGACAAGCUCAAUCUGCAACAACUACAGCCAGGAGCUUAUUGUCUCAGAGAACGAUCGGAGAAAGUGCACAGAAUGAUUCUAAUGAGGCACAUGAUAAAGCUGUUUCAGAACUAAAAAAUCAGAUCAAAGAGUUACAGGCUAAAAAUCAAGAACUUGAGAGUAAUUUGACUAAGGAAAGAAAAGAUAAAGAGGCACUAAAAUCACAAGCAGAGUCACUCACGAAGGAAUAUGAUCGUUUAAAUAAGGAACAUGCGAAACUUACACAAUCGGCUGGUGAUAAGAAAACUGAUUAAGCAGUUGAAUUUUUCUUCCCCCUUUUUUUGUUUUAUUGUAACCAUCGUUUGCUCAUAAAUUAUAAUUUUGUUACCGAGUUGCAUAAUUUGUAUUGCACAGUUUGAACAAGGACUCAUUAUUUCAUUUAAUAAUUAUUAAGACAUAUUUAUAAUUUGUUAAAUUAUAUGCAGAUAUUACUGUUGUGUGAGAAUGAUGUAACGUGCCUCAUAAUACAUUGCAUAUCUUUUUUUUCCUAAUUUUGUGCACUUUCCAUGUACAAAGUCUGUAUCCGUCUGAAUUUGUGAUAUAUUGUUAAUUUUAUGAAUAAUUAAUAUAAUUAAAUUAAGAAUUCUAUAAAUUUUUUUUGGAGCACAAAUCAUAGUAGAUACAUUGUCAACUGUUGUUUCAUCACAUGAGAAUAAUUGAUUACUGCACGUUACGCAUUCGGCAGGUAUUAUUAAUGUAUAAAUAGGAUAUAUGUUUUACAUGCAUUUUAGACAAUAUAUCUCAAAUGUACUUCCAGUCUCGCGUUUGCAAUUUUUAUUUUAUAUUUGCUAAUAUAAAUUACACAUGUAUAUUUUUGUGUGUAUGCGCGUGCGCAUAUACAUAGCACAUGAGCACACACAUUCUGUAUGUGCUGUGCUAUCGUGGGCCUUUAUUUAGAUCAUGCACUCUGGGUUAUACUGUAUAUAUUUUGACAUAUAAAUAGAACUAUAUGAGAAUCU